UGUCCAGAACACACAACCACUCCUCCUUAGUUGGAGCCUCUCCUUCCUUCUUCCUCUCCUCUCCAUCCUUUGCUUAUGGUGCUCAGGCUAUAGGUAUGCAAGAAGGAGGCAGACACCCGCUCUCUGGCUAAAUGACUCCAUUUUACUUUGCAGCCAACACAGGUAUACACCUACACCAUGGCCCCAUCUCUUCUAGCUCUGACUCUUAUUCACCUGUUUAUAUGUAAUCAAGUUUUCCUUUCUCUUGCAGUCCAGCAAUCAAGUGUAUUUAAUCCGACAGCUAGCAGUACUCCCUCUCCUUCCUCUUCCUCUUCUCAUCCUCCUCCUCCCCCUCUACUAGUACCUGUUCAAUCUUUGGACAGACAUAAUGUAACAAGCAACAAUACUUUAAAUGUAUCAUCAUCACCACCUGUAUCACUAAAAACAACAACUGCUCCAGUCCCUCAAGUGUUAAUUAUUAAUAUCACUAGCGUCCUCUUGGUAUGGGACUAUCCUCCGACCGAUCCACCAACACAGUUUCUUGUCCAGUGCUUAUCGCAAGACUUUAACGAGACCAAUCACAACGUUUCUGGGCUAUUGAACUCUACCUCUUUUGUGUACACUAGAAUGAGAGUUGCUUCAUUUUAUGCUUUUAGGAUCAUUCUUUAUCAAGGAGGUGUUCCCAGCAGUAGUCCCGGCCAACAGACAGUUAUUUUUGAAAAUGGAGGCACAGCUCCCACUGGUCCUCCGAUUAAUUUAGAUGUUAUAAAAUUUACAACAACUUCGGUUGAGAUUGUGUGGGACCCUCCAGUCCCUAACGUGGACAGGGUCUAUACUUAUCAGCUCUACAGAGGGAGCAGUCCUAAUGACCUCUCAAUGGUUGAUGCUGUCACUAAUAAAGUCCGUUAUUCUUUCACUGGUCUUUCUCCUAAUGUCUUGUAUUAUUUUGCCGUACAAGCUGACAUUGGUGGCAUUAAAAGCAUUCUGUCAAACGUCAUAAAUCAAACCACUAAACCAGUUGAUUUACCUCCACUUGUUAUUAAUGUCACGCCUAGCAUAACUACUGCAAAUAUAUCCUGGUCCCGCUCUUCAAGCUCUCAGUUUGAUAGUUUAAAGUAUUAUGUUGCAUAUUAUGCUGUUGAAGCCUUGCUUUCGUCUACUCGUCUUCCAAACGAUACGAAAGGUUUCCAAUCUAAGAACUUUAGCAAGGACUCUACCAGUGGGACUGUGUCUGGACUCGAGGAAGGUGUGGUUUAUGUCUUCCUGGUUUCUUAUUAUGCCGACAAUACAAUGAGCAGAAUAUCAAGCCCUGUCAUUGUACAGACUUUAUCCAGUAUCAACUGUCAGAGUUGUGAAGGUUUAUCAAAGUCACAAUUAGAGAUUAAAUGGACUUUUAAUUCCAAUGGAUUUCCUGUUAAUUUCUCCUUAUCGAGUAACUCCUGUCCCAAUUCAAUCAUCAUGACUCCAAACUCAUCAGUCUCACUCAUCAUCCAUGACAUCACCCCGUGGACCCAGUGCAAUUAUUCUGUGAUGUCAGAAACCUCUUACAAUUACUACUCAGAGCCUUCGGUCUGUCCUACACAAGAAUGCGCUACACUGCAAGAUAAGCCAUCCGGUUUCCCUCUUCAAUUCCGUGGAAAUCCUCUCUCCUCUCGCUCAGUCCUGUUUCAUUGGGACCCAGUUCCAGAGGAGCAGAGAAAUGGACCGAUCACUUCGUAUGUGAUAUCAUCACUUGAUGUCAAGGGAGGGACCCAGAGAUUAGUAGAUGUUCAGAGCUCUCCGUAUAACUUGAGCAGGCUUUCUCCUUACACCGAAUACAAGUUUUUCAUCACAGCCUCUAAUUCGAUUGGAUUUGGACCCAGCUCACCUGGAAUAAUCAUCAAAACUCUUCCAGAUGUGCCAACAGGACCACCACUUAAUAUCACUCUCGUCUCAGCCACUAAUACCUCACUGAGCCUGUCAUGGUCUCCUCCAUUGGAACAGCUAAGGAAUGGACCCAUUGCCUCUUAUAGUAUAUCCUACUACAGUAAUACGACUCACAACACUGUCAACGUGGUUUCAAAAGGCACCAGUGUGACCCUAUUCAACCUCCUCCCUUCCUCUGGCUAUAUAAUACGGGUACAAGCUUCAACUGACAUAGGGGAUGGACCGUGGUCGUCUCCUUUUGCCUUUAGGACUUUAAGCUACACUCUCCCACUCCCACAGAUUCUUUAUUUCUCUGUAUCAAAGGCGUCGUACAACCCAUUCUCUUCUUGCUAUGCUUACAAGGUGUCAUGGGCCCUGAACAACACUAGCUCUGGAAGGAUAUUAAGUCAAACUCUAUCAUUUUCAUCAGGCAGUGGAGCUGAUGGUAGCAUUGAUCUAGAUGGGAGCUCCAAUAGCCACGUGUUGGGCUCUGAUGUAUUGUCUGAUUCAAGAUCAAACUAUACCUUAGUACUUGAUGUUGAGUAUGAGCUCCAGAACAAGACUGCAUACAAUGUCACGCAAAGUUCCUUUCUAAUUACUCCGUCGUGCAAUUCAAGUGUCAUAACUGUGGUGUUCGUGGCUGGUGUGGUCUUAUUUCUCAUUCUUCUAUUGCUGCCUCUUUCUCUGUGCAUUUGCUGCAUAUAUCGCAUCAGAAGGUCCAGGAGACUGUCUAACGGGCCAUAUGCUAUAUCGUUAAGCAACGUAUUAGAAUCGCAGCAGCCAUCAGUGCCCAAUGAGUACAUCACUUCUAUAAGGAGGGCAGACGGGCAGAGCGACGAUGGUCACGGUGAUAACUCGUCCUCCUUAAUCUCUUUGAGCUAUCAUGAUGAUCUCAGUAACACACCGAGCGAUCAGAACGAGAGCACGUCUCAAGAAGAGGAAGAGGAUGCUCCCCUCCUCUCUCCGGCUCGAGUAGAGGAGAGGGAGCCGGAGCAGAGACGUAUCCUGCCACAGUCGAUGGUCUUUAGACACGAUGAUUAUGUUGUGCCUAUGGGAGCUGACGAUUUAUCUGUGGUAUCAGAUUAUACUAUGAGUAGAAGACAUGUGCCGGAUGGAUCUUCAUUCUCUUCUCUUUCUGAUGAUGAGGAGUCCGUUACUAGUGCACCCGAGGGUUUUUAAACUGCUAGCAAGGGAUUGCUUUUAUUUCUUUGUUUUUCUUUUCCACGCUUCUUUUAUUUAUACAUUUCACACGUGCUUCUUUUUUUCUUACUAUUGAUUCAUAAAGACGAUAAUUUUACAAGUCAUUCUCAUGCUUAUUUCUUUAUUAUUAUUUUGUUUCUUUUUUCGUUAUUUUUAAUACAAAUCUGUCCUUUUUUUUCAACCCCCCUAUUUGUUCAAACCCA